ACCAUUGUAAACUAGCCAUUUUGUUUUUGUAAUGAUGUUUUGAGGCUUUAUAUAUAUAUUGUGAACAAUCGUGAAAUAACACAGUAAUCCAGUAAUCGACAAGGCGGCAAGGGACAAGGAUUUGUGUGCUUCACUUCAAAAAAAUGACGGAACCAGAGACUAUGGAAUACGAGCCUAGUGAAGAGGCUCCUGCAACUUCGGCUACCGAGGAAUAUGAAGAAGAGGGAGGCUUUGAGAAUGAUAUAGAUAUGGAUGAAGUUGAAAAUGUUCCUCGAGGAGGACGUGGACGAGGAGCUUUCCGUGCUAGGGGUAGAGGUUGGAGUGGGCCAGGACCUAGAGGAGAAGGACCACCAAGAUUCAGAGGCAGAGGAUAUGGACCUGGAGGGCCACCAAACUUCAGAGGACGUGGAGGACCACCUCCAUUAUUUGGAAGAGGUGGACCCAGGGCUGGCAACUUUAAUGGCCCACCAAACUUCAAUAAUGGACCCAACUGGGGUCCACCAGGUCAAAUGGGUGGCCCCCCAAACCACAUAGGUGGACCAAAUGGACCUUUUGGUCCUCCUGGUUUAUUAGGAGGUCCACCAAACAUUGCUGGUGUACCACCACCACUGAUGGGUGGUCAGUUUACACCUAAUGUUGGCCCACCUACAAUGGGUUUGGACAUGAAUAAUGAAAUUUGGGUUGAAACAAAAUCAGCUGAAGGAAAAGCCUAUUACUACAAUGCAAGGACACGAGAAACAACUUGGACUAAACCAGAAGGACCAAAUGUUAAGGUAAUUUUGCAGGAUCAAGUGGAGGCGAUGGCACAAGCAGCAACCACAGGUCAAAUGGCUCCAGGAACAACAACUGCUGCUCAAGCAGCCUUAGCCCAAGCCAACAUAACAAAUAAAGCUGAAGGUGAGGAUGAAAAUUCAUCUGAGAAACCUCAAAAUGGCAUGUCUGGAAUGAUGCAAGGCCCACCACCUGGUAUACCACGAUUCCCGGGACCUGGAGGUCAGUUUUCGACACCACCUUUUGGAAUGCCACCACCUGGAUUUCAGAAUAAUUGGCCACCUACCACUCCUACAUGGAAUACUGGACCACCAGGUGCUGCGCCAUGGGGAAUGCCACCUGGAAUUGCUGGGAUGCCAGGAUUACCCAAUUUAUCAGCUGUCGACGAGGCAGCAGUUCUUGCUAAGGUAGAUCCUGAAAUUGUAGCUAAAGCCGGAGAAUGGUCCGAGCACAAGUCACCGGAUGGACGUUUUUACUAUUACAACGCCAAGAAGGGGGAAUCCGUUUGGGAGAAACCGCAGGAAUUAAAGGAUUUAGAAACCGCCAAACUUGCUGCUGCUCAAGGUAUAUCUACUAGACCAGCAGAAGAUGUACAAAUGGAGGAACAAUCAGGUAAGCAAGAGCAAAUGAACGGCGAACCACUGGAUCCUAUAAAAGAAGAGGAAGAGAAGCGCAAGAAGCUAGAGGAAGAUGCCAAGCGCAAGAAGGAGGAAGAAGAAAAAGCCAAGGAAAUGAAAGCACAAGAUAAAUCUCGACCGAUUUCAAGUACUCCGGUUCCUGGAACUCCAUGGUGCGUGGUGUGGACUGGAGAUGGUCGAGUGUUCUUUUACAAUCCUUCUUCUCGUACAUCAGUUUGGGAGAGGCCUGAGGACCUACUUAAUCGUUCCGAUGUAGACAAAAUGGUCGCGAAUCCACCAGAUGCCGUGGGAACUCAACCAAAAGACACAGCAAAACCAACAUCAACGAAGAGAACGGGAUCAGACGAUAGCGAAAGCGAAGAGGAUGUUCCUAACAAGAAGCAAAAAACAGAAGAAACUACAGCGGAACCAGAAUUAGAAGAGAUUCCAGAAACCAAUGUCGGUGCAGCGACUACACCAGCGACACCCCAGACCAAUAAGAAAAUUGAUAUGGGUAAAGCUAUGGAAGCUGAGGUAAGAGCUUCGAAGGAACGCGCAUUAAUUCCGCUGGAAACGCGUAUCAAAUCAUUCAAGGAAAUGCUCGCUGAAAAAGACGUGUCAGCUUUUAGGACGUGGGAGAAGGAGCUACACAAGAUCGUUUUCGAUCAUCGUUACCUCUUGCUUACGUCGAAAGAGCGAAAGCAAGUGUUCGAGAAGUACGUGAAGGAACGAGCAGAGGAUGAACGUAGGGAGAAGCGCAACAAAUUGCGAGAGCGUAAAGAUGCCUUCCGCAAAUUGCUGAGCGAAUCCCAUUUGCACGGAAAGUCUUCUUUCAGCGAAUUCGCACAGAAGUAUGCUAAGGACGAGCGGUUCAAGGGGGUUGAAAAAAUGCGCGAACGGGAAAGUCUGUUCAAUGAGUAUCUUAUUGACGUUAGGAGACGUGAAAAGGAAGAGAAAUCCCAACGACGAGAACAGGUAAAGAAAGAUUUCAUCGCGAUGUUGCGUGAGCAUUCGGACAUUGAUAGACACACGAGGUGGUCAGAUAUCAAGAAGAAGUUCGAUGGCGAUUCCCGGUACAAGGCGGUGGACUCCAGCGGACAACGCGAGGAUUGGUUCAGGGAAUAUUGUAAGAUACUGAAGGAUGAGAAGAAGCGUGCCAAGGAGCGCGAUCGUGAACACAAGAAGGAUAGGACCGAUCGUGAAAAGCAUAAGAAGAAGGAUAAGGACAAGGAAUCAGAGAGGAAGGAGCGCAAGAAGAGCGAGAGCAACAAGUCCGAUCGCGAGAAGGAGGAUGGUGAAGCGGAGGAGGUGGAGCCAGAAAAGGAGCCGGAAGAUCAGGAUGAAGGCAAGAACUCUGAUGUUGAGAAGGCUCAGGAGAUUAAAGAUAAAGAGAGGCAAGCGAGGGCAGAGGCUAGUAUGCGAGAAAGGGAGAAGGAGGUUCAACGCACUUUGGCUACUCACAUGAGGGAUAGGGAUAAGGAACGUGAACAGCAUAAACGUGAUGAAUCUAUACAACAUUUUAACGCUUUGUUAGCGGAUUUGGUUCGAAACGCAGAAUUGGGAUGGAAGGAGGUCAAGCGAAUCCUUCGUAAGGAUCACCGUUGGGAUCUGGCCGAUUCCUUGCCGAAAGAAGAGAAAGAGACUUUCUUCAACAUUCACAUUGAGAGCAUUUUGAGAAAGAAGAGGGAAAAGUUCCGCGAGUUGCUUGACGAGACGUCUGAUGUAAAUUUGACCAGCACUUGGAAGGAAAUCAAGAAGGUUAUCAAAGAGGAUCCUCGAUAUACGAAAUUUGCGUCAAGCGAAAGGUGUGAGAAGGAAUUUAAGGAUUAUCUCAAGGACAAGUUGGUUGCUGCUAAAGGACAUUUCAAGGAAUUACUGCAGGAAUCAAAAUUGAUCACUCACAAAUCUCUUCAGACCGUAAGAGAGAACCAAAGUCACAUGAACGAGAUCGAAGAGAUCUUGAAGAACGAUAAGCGAUACUUAGUCCUGGACUUUAUACCGCAGGAGAGGACUCAAUUGAUUCUCAAUUAUUUGGAGGAGCUGGACAGGAGGGGACCUCCCCCUCCGCCCACAGCAAGUGAACCUAGUCGACGGUCAGUGAAAUAGUUUCAUGCGCAUUUAAAUUUAAGUCAGUUAGAUAUAAUUAUAUAUAUAUACAUACAUAAAGAAAAGGAAAAAAUAAUUUAAUAAUUAUAAUCGACUGCCAAUAUUCACAUAUGUUAAAUAGAUUGGUUUCUGUAGAUAACACUAUGUAGUACAA